UCCGCGGUUCCGCCCGCAUAAUCGAAUUGAAUGUUCACGUUAACUUAUACAACCCAUUACAAGGUUCAUCGUAUAUUGAAACUCCUAAAAAGUUACGAUAUAAACAUGCAGUUAUCAACGUACAAAAUCAACUUGACGAAAUGUGCUUCAAAUGGGCUAUUCUAUCUGCUAUACAUCCGGUAACUGAUCAUCCAGAGCGAGUUCGUCAUUAUUAUCAAUAUGAGAACGAAUUGAAUUUUGAUGGAAUCGAUUUUCCCGUCCAUUUGAACCAAAUCGACAAAUUUGUUCGACAAAAUAACACUAUAUCGAUAAAUGUAUAUUAUUAUGAUGAUGACAAUGAGGGUCAUAUAUGUCCAUUACGUGUGAGUAAUGAAGUUAAGCAGCAUCACAUUCAUUUGCUGCUAAUAAAAAACGGAGAAAGUGUUAAUGAAACUGAGGUGAGAAAUUUUAAAACAGCUAGCACUUCCAACAUGAUUAAGGAGAUCUGCGAUAAUAAUUCAAUUCGUACUCAUUAUUGUUGGAUAAAAAAUUUAAGCCGUUUAGUCAGAAGUCAGCUGAGUAAACAUAAAUCUCGAAAUUACAUUUGCGAUCGCUGUCUAAUAUUUUAUGAUACAAAUGAAAAAUUAAUGAAACAUACAGCAAAAUGUACAAACGAGUGUAGCAUUGAAAUGCCCGAUCAAACAUGGAAAUGGAUGAAAUUUGAUAACUAUAAACAUCAGCUGAAAGCACCAUUUGUUGUUUACGCUGAUACUGAAGCAUAUCUGAAGGGGCUCAGUAUGGAAGAUCAAAAAUGCAUAUUUAGCGAGGAAUGUUCAACUACCGCAUAUCAGCAGCAUCAUAUGUACAGCGUUGGAUAUUACUUUAAAUGUGAAUUUGACGAUUCACUUUCAUAUUACCGAAGCAGCGGCAAUCGUACCGAUAGCGUCGAAUGGUUCAUCACAGAAUUGAAGAACCUCGCCCAUGGAGUUGCAAUGUUAUUUGAUAAAAACACACCAAUGCUACCGUUAACUGAAGAUGAGAGAUAUGCAUUUCAAAAUCCAAAUGCAUUAUGUACGAUUUGUGGUGAUAUUUUUGAAGCAUAUGAUAUUAGAGUACAUGAUCACUGUCAUCUCACCGGUCGAUAUAGAGGUCCAGCCCAUCAAGCAUGCAAUUUACAGUUCCAAGAUAGCCACGUUGUACCCGUUAUUAUGCACAAUUUGUCGGGGUACGACUCACAUCUAUUCAUAAAAGAGUUGGCAGCAAAUAAUAUUAUAAAUGGAGAUGUUUCAAUUAUUCCUGCUAAUGUGGAACAAUACAUCGCUUUCACGAAAGUAGUGACAGGGAGCACACGUGGACUCAAUACGAGAGAAAACGUAAAAUUUAAAUUUAUUGAUUCAUAUCGAUUCAUGCCUGCAUCUCUAGCUGAAUUAGCAUCACUACUAUCGGCAGAUAAAAAACAAAUAUUGUAUAACGAAUGUGAGAAAAAUGGCUACACACCAGCACAAAUCGCUAUGCUUGAACGUAAAGGCGUUUUUCCUUAUGAAUAUGUGAGCGGUAUGAAGCAGCUAAAAGAGGCAAAGCUACCAUCAAAAGCAGAUUUUUACAGCAAACUUCGUGGAGAAGGAAUAUCGCAUGACGACUACCAAUUCGCUCACGAUAUCUGGCAGAAAUUCAAUUGUAAAACGGUCGGAGAUUAUUCCGAACUAUAUCUAAAGACGGAUGUGCUACUGUUGGCCGAUAUAUUUGAACAUUUUCGAAAUACAUGCCAUGCGAUUUACAGUUUGGAUCCAUCUAACUACUAUACAGCUCCUGGCCUUUCGUGGGACGCCAUGCUAAAAUAUACCAGAGUGGAAAUUGAACUGUUAACUGAUGUGGAAAUGUUGCUGUUCAUCGAACGUGGAAUUCGCGGUGGCAUAAGUCAGUGCAGUAAACGUCAAGUUAAAGCCAACAAUAAAUACAUGGGAGAUGUAUACAAUGAUGAGAAACCUUCAAAUUAUUUAAUGUAUUUAGAUGCAAAUAACCUGUAUGGACAUGCAAUGUCGCAACCAUUACCGCUGAGAGAUUUCAAAUGGAUUGAAUACAACAUUGUGAAGACAUCUUUUUCAGAUGCAGAUGAAAUAGCUAAAUUAGCUGACGAUUCGACAUACGGCUAUAUAUUCGAGGUGGAUCUGCAAUAUCCAAAAAAUUUACAUGCUACACAUAAUGAUUUUCCAUUUUGUGCUGAAAAGCGAACGCUUCCGCAAAACCGAAUAAAAUCGAAAAAUUAUUGUUAA